AUUUAAAGUUAACCAAAUUCAGUACAUUUAUUGGUUAAUGAAUCUUGGUAAAUGAAAACUAGUGAUAUAUGUAUUAUGAUAUCAUGUUUCUACAUUAGCAUAUCUUUUUAUACACUGUGGAGUAUUUUUAUACACUGCAUGUUUUUUUAAUUCAUGAAAUGCAGUGCAAGACCUAAUUUUUAAUGCAAUUCUAACUAAUAUUAAAAAUGAUGGAUGUUUUUCAUAACAAUGAUGAAGAAAAUUAUGUUAUUGAGCAAAAUAACAACAGUGGUUUAAUGUUGCUAAAGCCUAUUUUUGAUGCAUGUGAUAUUAAUAAUGAUGGUUUUGUUAAAGUUGAAGACCUUGUCAAGCUUGGACAAAAACAUAUUCUUGAUAGUAGUGGUGAAGAGUUAGAAUUUAUACUGAGUCAACUGGAUCAGAAUGGAGAUGGCCUAAUAACCUUUCAAGAAUUUAGUGAUAAAAUACAGGACUUUAUAAUGGAAGGAUCUGGUUAUUCUGUAAAUUAUAAUAUUGAAAAUGAAGAACUAAACACGGAAGAUCAAAGUAGCAUCAUUGGCCAUCAAGAGGACUUUGUUGACUCUGCUUUGCCUCAAAAUAGACCAAGUUCUUUUACUGAGAGUGAAGGUUUUUAUGAGUCUGAUACUACAUCUCAAAAUACAAAUUCGACAGCAGAUGUAAAUGGUGACAUUGAAGAGUUAGAGAAAAGAAAUUCGGUUAAUGGAAUUACACCAAAUUACUUUACAAAAGCAAAAAAGACAUCAAGUAUAUAUUCUACAUAUCCACCAAAACGAAAAAAUAUGCGCCAAUCACUCUCCUUGGUAGAACUUCAAAAAAAACAGUUAGGUUGUACAAGUGAAUACCAAUCCCAAGAGGAAGGAUUUGAAGCAUUUGGAGAAAACUCAGUUUUAUCAGAUUCAUAUCAAAAUCCUCAUUUAACUUCAAGCCCUCAUGAUCCCAAGUUCUCUAGACAAAGGCUUUCUGGCAGUUUAGCUGCACGCAACCUGCGUCAAGCACAUUCAGCUCAAACCAGUUUACAUGGAAGUACAGAAGAAAUAAGUUUUGAAAUGCCCAGCAAUAGACAUUCUUUUUCUGACAGUGAAGAUUUCUCUUAUUUAAAUGAUGAGAUAAAGAAGCUAGGCUCUCAACUUUCAUUAAUGAAAAUGGAUCAGGAAAGCCAUGAUGAUAAACAAAAGCGCUUAUAUGAAGAAAAUCGUGUGUUACUUAACAGAAUCAAUGGUUUGGAGGAACAGUUGAAUGACCAGAAAUCAAUCUCGCUUAAAGUUGUUGAACAGGAGAGUCAAAAGUAUAGAAAGGAAUUACUUAAAGUUCAACGCGACCAUAGCAACCAAAUUGACGAUUUACAAAUGAGGUUUUUGGAGGCACAGCAAGAGAUAGAAAAUCUCAAAUCAAUUGAACCAAUGCUAAGGAAAGAAAUCGAAUCUUCAUUGGAGGAAAGAAGACUUGCUCAAAAGCACAUAGAAAAACUUCAAAACGAAAUUGUGGAUAAAGAAAAAGAACUCGAACAUUUAAGAUACAAACUAAAAUUAAAAAACGACGAAUUAGAACGGGAACAAGUUAAAAGAACAGAUGAGGUAUCAGCGUUAUUGCGUGAAAUAGAAAAUUUAAAAUAUAUGAAAAAUGCCGCCAUUGUUAACUUUGACGAGAGGCAGGAUCUACUGAAACAAAUCGAAAUUUUAAAAAAAUAUUUCCUUUUGCGUUCCAAGGAAAAUGAUUCACUUAAAAUGUCAGAAGACGAACUUAAUGCACGAUUAAUUCAGCAAAGCUCUCAUAUAUUGCAGAAUCGCAAAUCUUUAGCUGACGAGCUAGUUUCUGCUGAUAAAUGUGAUGUUCUAGAUGCACUUCGCUCCGAAGAGAGCGAAAACCACAGACUAAAGCAAUAUAUCGAACAAUUACUUUCACUCAUUAUGCAAACAAAUCCGUUAAUACUUGAAAAGUAAAGUUGUUUUUUUUUUUUUUUUUUUUCUCUAUGAAUCUUAGAUUAAAGAGAUUAAUGCGACGCGAAAAUCAUUUUUUUUUUUUCACGAAAAAAAUACAAACUUAAUUUCGAUAAUCGGCGAAAUACUUAAUCUCGCCGAAAGUAAAAAGUGAUUAGUUAAAUUGUAAAUGUGAGUGGACUAUAAAUAGUGCGUUUUGAGGAGUGCUGUUUGAAAAAUAAACAAAUAAUUCUCGUGUACAGUCUUUGAAAUAGUAUAUAAACAAUUAUAUCCAAAUAAGGUUUUAUACGUGCUGUAAAAUUUUCUAAAGAAUUAUGUUUGUGGCUUUAUGGUAGAUUUAUGGGUUUGUGGGUUAUUAUUUUUUCUUUACCUGUACUUUUAAAUUUUAUACUUUUUUUUAAUUUUAUCUUCUCACUAAAUAUACAAAAUUAGUAAUUAGUUUUUUUUAAUAGUUUCUUAAAUGUAUAUAUUAAUUUAUGAAUUUUUUUACCAUGAUUUUUAAUGUCCUAUUUUAUGGUCGAGAACGAAUUUUAAUCUGAUAUUUAUAUAGAAAUAUUAUUGUUCAAUACGAAAUAUAUUCAUUAUUGCUAACAAGUUUAUAUAUGCAUAUAUUUAUAAACGUAUCCAAAUAUAUAUUUUUUUUAUUUAAUUAAUUUUUGGAAUAGCACUUUAAAUUUCAAUCUUUUUCUAUAAUGAAUAUUCUGCAUGUGGUGAACUGUUGUAAUGAAACAUGUAUAUUACCAACGGUAGAUACUUGUUUUGUACCAUAUUUUACCCCUGUGGGUUAUUGCUAUGUAUUUAUUAGUUGAAGACUUUUUUUGUAAUCAAUUUUUAAAUAUACCUUACUUUUUUUUAAA